GGAUCUUUGUGAUAUUGAUAAAGAUGGUCAACUCGACUUUGAUGAGUUCUCGGUAACCUGUAGACUUGUUAAUGAUCUUUUAGCUUGUGUAUAUCCGGAUGUACCUUCUUCACUCCCAUCUCACUUGAUCCCUCCUGGCAAGGCACAUCUGUUUGUAGGGAAUAAUCCUGGGUAUGUUGGCGGCGGUCCAUCGUUGGGAAUGAAUCCAUCCCUUUAUUCGCAACAAAUCAUUAGUCCUAUUCCACAGCCCGCCAACACAAUUUCUCAACUCAAUAUUUCAAAUACGAUUCCUUCCUAUCAAUUAUCACAACAAUUGUCACGAGUUCCUACACCUCCUCGCCAGAAUAGUUACAGUGGUGGUUUUCCCACUGCUCCAUUGUCUGAUGAUUUUGAUUGGUAUAUGCCACCCGCUGAUAAGUUUAAUUACGAAAAUGAAUAUAAGAAGAAAGCUGGUAAACGAAUACCUGAUAGUUUACCGAACGCUUUGAAAACCUCACUUAUAAGAGGAAAACUUAAUUACAAUUACAAUGAAACUGCUGAUCCAUCAUGGAAAUCAAAGUUAUCUGAUAGUGGUUCUGUAAAGUCAAGUGGUUAUAGUAGUGAAACUCAGUCGAAUCGAUUGCAAAAGGAACUUGAUGAUUUAAAUGAAAAGAUUCAGAAAGCUGAAGCAACUGCAUUAUCUUCUUAUACAAGUGCGCUUCAAUCAGGUGUUGUAACGGAAUUCAAACAAUUGUACGAAUAUAAGCAAAAAAAGCAUGCCGAAUUGAAUGAAAAAGAACAGACGAAUAGAACACUUGAGGAAUAUGUUCGAAAAGAACGAAAUAAUGUGCGUGAACUACAAGAUAAUAUACAAUCUUUAAAAAGUAAAAUACAACUAUUGGAAAAUAAUUUAGAUUCAAGUCAAACCGAGUAUAAAAAGCUUCAACGAGAGAUUGAUAGUGCAAAACUGAUGCGGUAG